AUGGGUGCACGUAAGUGGAAGGAGGAGAGGGAGAAAGCAAGAGAAGUCUUGAGGCACAGCGUUCAAUCAGAGUGUGAAAAGAAGUUUGGUCCAGUAGUUGGGAAGAACCAAGUUUGCAAAUGGGUGAAAGCCGCCAAAAAGGAAAGAUGGGACCUUCUCCCACAAGCAGUGAGAGUGCGAUCGGUGACCACGCCAAACCAAUGGCGUUCCAAGCACGCCCUAGCACCCCGCGGCAGGCGUGUGGGGGGACAUGUGCCUAUGGAGCUACAGCGGGAACUUGACCGGCUUAUCUUGGCUACUGUUCGCGGCAACUCAGACGUGACAGAGCGCACAGAUGUUGUCACCACAGACCACAUCGCUACCACGAUUUCUGGCCUGAUCGCAGACUGGAACAGCGGCCUGGAGGUCACACGUUCUCUAGUCACCGCCCACAACCAAGACCUUCUCAAGAAGCAUGAUGAAGGGCAGUUGACGGCCGCAGCUGUGACCGCUGGGUGGUUGCCUGACCCCACCAAGGUGGAAAUCCCUUCUCCUUCAUGGUGCAGCAAAUUCAAGAACGCUUGGGGGUGGAGUCUUCUUGCAGCAGGCAGCAGCGGGCAGCAAAGCCUACCAUUUGGCCACAGUGACAUGCAAGCGGCACGAGACUAUGUGAACAAUCUGAUCAAGCCUGAACCUGAAGGUGAGGGAAUCCAUCCAGGACUCAUCUUGAACUUUGAUCAGGUUUGGCGGGCUGCCUUUCAGUGGACGGGGAAGCUAUGGUACAAAGACAGAAACCAGGUAGCAGAAAGAGGGAUGGCCAAGAAAGCUCCUGGCACCCUCAACAAGAAGCAUGUCUACGUUAAGGGCUCUCGCCGCUCUCUAACAGGGUCCAUAGAUGCAACUACCAUCCGCAAGUUCAAUGAUGAGCAUGUGGGAACUGCCAUGAUCCUCACGAGCGGUUCCAAAACACACUACAUGACCAGCGAUGUGAUGUUGCAAGUGAUGGAACAGCUCUACAGCGCAGCGCUGUCCAUGCAACGGACACGGGACCUGUUCUACAAGACUCACAACAUUCAGCCACCCCGGCGUAUGCCGGGUGGCUGGAGUGCGCAUGGCCAGCCAUGCGACCAGUUCCACGCGACGCUGCGGGAUCGAAUACGCCAAGCAGAUCUGCGCAGUGUAGGGAUGGGAGGUGAUCUAAGGCAACGUGCACAGUAUCAUGAGGUUGAUCUUCGGGCAUGUGGGCAGCUAGUCCGAACUGCGGACAAUUGGGAGGGUGUGGUGAACCUGACCUUGGGUGCGUGGGAAUCCAUGCCUCGCAGGGUGUUCUCCAGUGCCUGGUUGGUGUGCGGUUACUUUGACCAGUCUCACUUUCAGAACUUCUUGGGUGCUGAAGUACUCACAAUAGAAGAGGCCAAAUCUCUCCUGUGCGACAGCUUUGCUGAGUAUGGUUUGGAGGGAAGCACUUGGAAAUCUCUGCCCUAUGAAGUUGCCGCAGCCACAGUUCGGACAUUGGUUCUCCACCUCAAGCAGUUCCAAACUGCCAAAGCACGAUACAUUGAGAUGCUUACGGAGGAGGGAGGUGAAUCAGUCCAAAAAAAGAAAAAGAAAUGCAAGGAUGACCUGGAUGCUUUGACCAACUGCGAGCGGUACAUUGUCAUGAACACCAAGACAGGACAAAUCGCGACACAGGAAUGGGUCCAAAAGCACAUCAAGUGUGAGGGCGGCCAACCGGUGUUGAAGAACGAGAAGGCCAAGAUCAAGCCUUGGGUAAUGUCCCUGACCUUUCAACUGGCUGGGCAAGGAGAUGCGAAUAUCAAGCUUAAGCCAUCCCAAAACAAGGAAGCUAUGAGGAUACGGUGUCUUGACUUGCGCACUGGCGUGGAACAGGCCAAGAUUAGUUUUCUACUCAAUGGGUAUGGGCACAUUGCUACCAGCUUCACGGAGGAGGAAGACCAGGACAUCGUGUGCUCUGGUCCUGAAGAAGAAGAUGACGAUCAAGAUUCGAUGAUUGGAGAUGAGGAAG